AUGGACUUUCCCGGAGGUGCCCCGACUAACGUACAUCUGGUUGAUGGCUUCUCCACGAUCUACUGGAGAAUCUACACCGAAGAGCCCAGCAUUACCAACCCAGCGGUAGAGGGCCCAGCCAAUGGCUACACGAUCUUGAGGCAUCUUGGUCGUUUGAAAAACUUGGAAGCCCGGUUGCGCAGUCUGAACUGUUUAGCGUCAUGCCCAAGGCGCCUCGGGCUAUGGGUGUUUUCCUCAACCCCGAACUUCGAAAGUUUGAGAUCUCUGUACGUGAAGGAAGGGGACUCAGCAACGACGAAGAUACUCGUUGAUACGACAAGCCUCAGAGUCUCCGCGUCUGGCAACAUCACAUCCCAGAACUUGAUAAGAGGUCUUUCAUCAGAGUCUCAGGAUCAUAGCGGGCCUCAAUCUUCCGGAUCACAGAGACCACAACAAGGCCAACCAUCUUCUCGACGGCCUGACGGCUAUAGUGGCUCGGCGGCGAUAUAUGCGUCCCUUAUAUCGGCUGUCACUGGGGCGGUCAGCAUUCAUCUAGUCCGACGCUAUGGUGCACUCCCCCUUGGGUCUCGUACACUAUUCACUCCUGUGGAGCAGCUCGGCUAUGAGAGCCCUCGAAUUGAAAGCGAAAGCGUGCUUUCAAAGUCCUAUUUGACAACUCUGAAUGUUCAAUUAAAUGCGUCUGGGACUUUCACAAUCGCUCCGCAAACGAUAUCUCAGGAGGGGAUCGCCCGAUUAUGCAGCCCACUUGAUGAUAUUUCAGAUGUUCUAAGAGUGCAGCCAGGGUCUGAUCUCUGGCUGUGUCCCAAUGGGGCCGUUGCGAGACUUGUCACGGCGAAUCUUGAAUCUCCAACGGUUCCAUCGCCAGGGUACUCGAAUCCCGAGGAUACGGCGACAAAACGACGACAGUGGAAGCUGGAUGUUGUUCAGUGGCUAACAAACUUUGGAUUACGUAUCGAGUCCGUCGAUGAGGAACCUUGGGUCGAAGUUGAGGUUUGGGAGCCCUUCUUUGCAAGGCUGGCUGGGGAAGCAUGGCGUCAAAAUGAGGAAUCCCAAUCUCCGCUUCCUCUCAAGCGCAUGCUUUGGCCCGCGAGGUUUUGCUUCCGAAGAUGCGGUCAACCGAUCCAAUCUUCUUUGCUUCGGGAUUCCCUGGAUGACCCUCUCGAAUUUGUUGGACAGUGGUCUUCAGAAGCCGGCUCUCUCAAUCUCAAUCAUCACACUCAAACCAUACCCAUACUAGAGGAGCCUCAAAGUAAAGACCAUGAAAUGUCAUCACCUAGAGUUGACAAUGGGGAAAUCUUUGAAAGCCUCUCCCGAAUGGCCCAAUAUCCCGACUUGCAAGCCACAAAUCUCGUCUAUCCAACCCCACCUGACGGCGCUGCUGCGAUGGGAAUGAACCACACGAACCCCUCCGAUGCUUUCCCCGAUGAUGUCGACUUUUUAUCGCCAGCUGCGCCUCACGAUAAGAACACUUCUAAUGCCGAAUCCACAUCCAAUGCCCCUAUUGGCACUGGUAAAUAUGAUGCAAGCGAUGACGAUGAUCUUUUUGGGGAGAUGAAUGAGAAAGAUUUUGGAUCCAAAGGAAUAACGGACGCCGAUUUCAGCUUUUUUGAUGACCCAGAUCUCGAGGGUAUGGGUGGUGAGGCUACUAUGGGUUCGCUGGAGGAAACUCCCCCGGAACCCUUAGAAUCAACCGGUCCUGGAGAGGAGGAAGUGGAUGGCAAUGCAGAACCAACCACGGAUCUGCUAAAAAAAGUCGACCCUGUCCAACACCCCGAAGAGGAACAUGCUCCCGAAGCGGUGCAAAACAACGAAUCCGAGCCCGUGGAUGUACCAAUGACAUCUGCUGGAUCGGGCCCUUCCUCGCCAGCCCCCAAAAGCCAACCCAUCAGUCCACCAUUGAGUCCAGUGGAGAUCAAGAAAAUUCUAUUCUCUGGAUCUCGGACAAACUCCAUGGAGCAGCCCAAGGAGCCCCAUCUUCCUCAGGGACACUAUCACCCCAUUGCAUUCGAAAAGAAGAUCGGAGAUUGGGAUCGGAAGUAUGGGUCAGCUGGCAAGUUUUGGUUCUCUACUAGUGCCAAACCAGACAACUCGGACCAAAAUCCCAACACCAUCCCCACCGUUGGUAUUCCUCAUCGCGGUCGACUUUCAGUGAGCCACACAAAGUCAAACGGUACCAAUGCGUCGCCAUUGGCCCUGGAGGACCGUUCGCGAUCCUCAUCGGCCUCGAGCAGUGACAGUAGCGAAUACAGCAAUGAGCUGCCACAACAUGCCCCGACCCCACUGGCUCUUCCAACCUUGAAGAGGAAACGCGUUCUCUCCGACUCUGAUAUCCAAUCAGCUGCAUCGCCUGCCAAAUCAUCAGGUGUGCCCGAAGGGAACUUAGGAUCUAAAGCUGAAAAUUCAACAUUUCUGGGGAACUUUCUUGCGAACUUCUCCGACUGGAGUCUAACUGGUUAUUUCUCUGCGUUGCAAAUCCAGCAACUACCCGUUCUUCUUCGUCGCGAAGAUCAAAUGCCAAUUGCGCAACUCUUGGUUGAUCAAAUCACACAAUCAUCUCUGGACCAUUUGCUGGGUGGAAAUGUCGGUCUGUUUGGUCUUGAAAGUGACAUUCUGGGCUUGCGAAUGUGUUUGGAAGAUACAAGCUUUCUGGGUGAUAUGAGCAAACUAGAUCUCAAAGGAUACGCAUCUCUGCAUGAUGAACUGGUUGCGGAUUCGACGCAGCAGUCGUCCAAGGACUUGGGACGAAGCCCCAUCUCAAAGGUUGCAGCUCCACAUCUUCGAGUUCGCCGGGGGAAAGAAUAUCUGGAGGCCCUUCCGCCCGCUAUUUCCUUUUGGGAGACGUUCGGUCUUGAGCCUGCCCGUGGACCGAAAGAUAUCUCGGCUUACUGCAUUCAUCCCGAUACUGCAGCAAAGGCUGCCGAUUCUUUCUUAAGUCGUUUCGGUCUUACAUAUCAGAGUUGUAACUUCGGUAGCCAUGCCAGAGGCGACAAAUCAAUGGCAUUCGAGGAAGGACUAAGGGCGUGGGGCACCGAAUCCAGCUACGCGUCUAUGAUGCAGGCUUUGAAAAGGCUAUGUGAAGAAUUAGGAGCCGAUUUGUCACAGUCUUCGCCCAGCACAGAGAAUUGUGUCGUUUAUAUCGUUAAUCCAUUCCCCCACGCCGCAGCUUUAGCGGACAUUUGCGUGGCUUUUUGGUACCUAUUCCAACAAUUGGUGGCCAAUGCCGACCUCCGAGAGUCCCGGCAGGUCAACGACGUUACUUUGCAAAUCAUCCCAAUGGAUUUCAUGACGUCAAGCGAGUCAAUGGUUGUUCCGACUCAAACAGAUUACUUGAAUCUUGCUCUUGAGGUGUACGGCCGAUGCCGACCAAAAGAAGCUGACUUGAGCCCUGUGCUCUGUGCGCCCGCAAUACUCCUCACCGACCCGCUUCCGAAGGCUCUCCACUUCCGGCUUGCAUCUGAGAAGGGAUCACCAUUGCAAGAUGGUCGCAGCCUCCAUGUCGCGUGCUCUAAAAGCGCGGACCAACGCUGGAUGUCGGUGGCAUGGUCUGAUGGAACUGGAUCUAUUCAAACAACCAUGUCCUAUUGCCUCCGGUAUCGAAGCAAAGGUGCCGCCAGGACAGUUGCUGAAGUACGCAAUGAAAUCUGGGCAACGACAAAACACAUCAUGGACAAAUUCCAGGCCCGGUGGAAGGUUGUGCUGGUGAACACCGAACCAAUGGACCAAGAUGAUGUUGAUGGAUGGAGCACUUUGGCCGAGCACCUAAACAAGAUGCGACCAGGGUCAUUGGAGUUGGUCAUCAUCACUGUCAACACCACCCCGGACCUGAUUCUCGAAGCACCCACUACGUCCAUGACAACAGCCGUCCUUAAUUCUCAUUUCUCAUCUACCCCCGUCUCAACCCCCAACCCAAGUGUCAGCAUUGCCUCUCCCGAGCAAUCUGGCAACGCGCCAACUCCCAGCGCCAUCUACAACGCUCCCACUCCAACCGAACCCUCCCUCGAACCCGACUCAGAUGUCGUCCUCGCCGACAUCAGCGACGAGUCAUGGGCGGUUAUCCUCUCGCAUCGCUUGAACAGCUCUCCACACGUUACCGAAUUCCGCCCCGCGCUGGCAAGCGGGCACCUCCUUCGCCGCAAAGGCACUACAGACGGCGACGGGGUCUUUGCCAUGACCGUCAACCUCAUUUACUCCCAGCGGCCAUCUUCAUCUCAUGAGAAUACUCUGAAGGAAACUCUGUGCAUGUACCGCGAUCUAUCAUCCCUUGCGCGAGCGAGGGGAAUGCGCGGCGUGCAAAACAACACGCUACCUUGGCAUAUUGCAACGGCUUUAAGAGCUCAGGAACUUUUGAGCUAUGUUUUCUGA